AGUAUUAAUAUCCACUUAUAACAAGGAGAUAUGGUUUUGGGAAAACAAACUGAAAUAAAAAAUAUUGCAUGGAAAUACAUAAAAUAGUUCUUUCAAAGACAAAGAUUGGUUAGUCUACUCCCAUCAAUUUUUGUAAAAGUAAAUUAUUAUUGAUGUAAGAAAAUUUGUGAUUUUAGUUUAAAGAAUUAAUGCUAGUGAAAGAGUACUAAUAAGAUGCUACAUAUAUAACCAAUUGAUUUUGCUUGGAUCAUUAAAAAACUGUCUCAAAAUGUUAUACUCCAUUGCGUGUGUAUUUUUUAUUUACGACUUCAUCUUUCACGCCACAAGAUCUCCAAUUUUACUUGCUCUUCUCCACUUUUUCACCUCAUUCCAACUAGGAAGUAAGAUCCAUAUAUCUUCUUUUAACCCUUAAAACAUUGAAAACAAGAAUUCUCCUACACAUGUACCGGUAGUUGGAAAUGCCGACCCAAAAGGACCAAAACUCACAAUUAUCUCUACUGAUAGAGCUUCUCAAGAAACUACUCAACCAUUUCCACAAUCUCCUUUUGUAUUUCCCCAUCCUCUGGAUCACCGUGAUAGUCGGAAUCAUUGUUUAUUCCUCUCUACAAGCAAUAUCUUCGCCUUCUUCGCUAACCGUCCAAAGUGUCUCCCAACUCUUCUUUGUAACCUCUCCUCCUCCUAUUCCUUCUCCUUCAUUUCAGGAAAAUGGGCUCGAAAAGUUUCUGAAGCCAACGAAGAACAUCAUGCACGGAAUGGAAGACAAUGAGCUUCUGUGGAGAGCUUCAAUGGAUCCCAAGAUCAGAGGUUACCCUUAUCCUAGAAUCCCAAAGGUUGCUUUCAUGUUCUUGACUUGGGGACCUUUACCUUUGGCUCCUCUUUGGGAAAGGUUCUUUCGUGGGCAUGAAGGUCUUUUCACUAUCUACGUUCACACCAAUUCGUCUUACGACGAGUUCAUGCUCCAAGGCUCUGUGUUUUAUGGCCGCCGUAUUCCAAGCAAGAGAGUGGAUUGGGGAAACGCAAACAUGGUAGAAGCAGAACGAAGGUUACUAGCAAACGCUUUAUUAGACAUCAACAACGAACGUUUUAUUCUUCUCUCCGAAUCAUGCAUCCCUCUCUUCAACUUCACCACAAUUUACUCUUUCCUCAUCGACUCCACUCAAAGCCACGUCGACUCCUACGACCUCCCCAUUGGCUGCGUCCGUUAUGACCGCCGCAUGUAUCCUCACAUCCACAUGCAUCACUGGCGCAAAGGCUCUCAGUGGUUCGAGCUAGACAGAGCCAUGGCCCUUGAGGUCGUCUCCGAUACGAUUUACUGGCCAAUCUUUAAAGCUUACUCUCGCUACCCCGACGAGCACUAUAUCCCAACGUUAUUCAAUAUGAGGCUGAGGCUCGGGUCGCGAAAUGCCAACAGGACGCUUACUUGGACAGACUGGAGAAAGCGUAGGGCUCACCCGAGGUUGUUUGGUGAGUGGGAGGUCAAUGUGGAGUUCUUGGAGUGGCUAAGGAUGAAGAGUGUUGGUGAUUGUGAGAAAAAUGGAGAAAAUAAGAUAAAAUUUUGCUUUCUCUUUGCUCGCAAGUUUUCGUCGACUACUUUGGAUAAGUUGCUCCGGUUAGCAUCUACCGUCAUGUAUUUCUGACCUCUCUUUUCAUCCUUUUUUUGUUAUAGGUGUGGAAUUUUUUUAAUACAUGGAUAUGUAAUAAAUUAAAAUAGAUAUCCAAUUUGU